AUGGGUUCUUAUGUCGGUGGGCUUCUGCUCGCGUUUUCGGUCUAUCGCAGCUAUACAACAAAGACUGUUACUUCUCUCGGGGCCCUUGUUUUGGCCUUGUCAAGUCUCGUAUAUGUUGUACACCCAUGGUAUACACCCUUGAUUAUUCUGGUGAUUUUCCACAUUGGAUCGGCCAGGGUAAAGAAGGUGAAACGCGAUAUUAAGGCGCGCUUGACCAUUUCUGCGCCCCCAUCAAAGCCGGGAAGUGCUAAACAUGAUGCUCUUCAGGUUUUAUCCAGUGGAGUGAUUGGCACUAUCCUGUGUGCCGCUCAUGCAGUAGCGGUGUAUAUUAACCCAGAUGCUCAGUAUUUUACUUUUGGUCAGAAUGCCGCUGAUAUCCUACUUAUCGGACUAGUAUCACACUACUGCGCUGGCGCAGCUGACGAUUGGUCUGGAGAGCUGGGCAUUCUCUCCAAAUCCAACCCUCGCUUAAUUACUUCGUGGAACUUGCGAGAAUGUCCACCGGGGACAAAUGGUGGCGUGUCCCUGGUCGGUACCGUUGCUGGCUUUGCUGGAUCGUUCACCAUCGCCCUGGCGUUUGGGCUAGUGGCCCCAUUUCACCCCGAUCAUUCCGCCAUCUUCGACAGGGUCUUGUUGGUCGUUGCAUUGACUAUCUGGGGUGGGUUUGGAAGUAUCAUCAACAGCUUCCUUGGUGGAAUACUACAACCCACUAUUAUCGAUGAGAAGACUGGCAAGGUCGUUGAAGGCGAGCGUGGCCAGAUUGCAGCCUUCCAGAAGAAUGCAGCGACACACGGAAAUGCCAAGGGUGCUUCAACCAACAAGCGCCUGGGACAUGGACUUGGUCUUUUGAGCAACAAUAGCAUUUUUCUACUUACUGUUCUCAUUGGAGCCGUAGGUGCUAUGGGGGCUGCGCAGUGGGCCUGGGAUGUGGAUAUGAGCGAGCUGUUGCUGCAGGUACAAGUUCCCCAAGUCGCAAUUGUUUGA